AUGAAUUCUCAAGGCAACAACGAUGUCUCCCCCGAGGCUAUGCAAUCGCGAAUUCAGCAGGCUCGUCGCGAAGCCGAAACUCUGAAGGACCGAAUUAAGAGGAAGAAGGAUGACCUUGCCGACACAACUCUUCGCGCAGUCGCGCAACAGGCACAUGAGCCUAUUCCCAAGAACCAGCUCAUGAAGGCUAAGCGAACGCUGAAGGGUCACUUGGCCAAGAUUUACGCUAUGCACUGGUCAACCGACAGGAGACACCUAGUUUCUGCUUCGCAAGAUGGCAAGCUCAUUAUUUGGGACGCUUAUACCACCAACAAAGUGCACGCCAUUCCCCUGCGAUCCUCCUGGGUCAUGACCUGCGCCUACGCCCCUAGCGGUAACUUUGUUGCUUGCGGUGGUCUCGACAACAUUUGCUCCAUUUACAACUUGAACCAGCAACGCGACGGUCCUACUCGUGUUGCCCGUGAACUUUCUGGUCAUGCCGGUUACCUUUCUUGCUGUCGAUUCAUCAACGACCGUAGCAUUCUAACAUCGUCUGGUGACAUGACUUGCAUGAAGUGGGAUAUUGAGACGGGCCAGAAGGUUACCGAGUUUGCCGACCAUCUCGGCGACGUCAUGAGCAUCAGCCUUAACCCCACCAACCAAAACACCUUCAUCUCUGGUGCUUGCGAUGCUUUCGCCAAGCUGUGGGAUAUCCGUGCCGGAAAGGCCGUUCAGACCUUCGCUGGUCACGAGUCUGAUAUCAAUGCCAUCCAGUUCUUCCCUGAUGGCCACUCUUUCGUUACCGGCUCCGACGAUGCUACUUGUCGACUUUUUGAUAUCCGUGCGGAUCGCGAGCUCAACCUCUACGGGUCCGAGUCCAUUCUUUGCGGUAUCACUUCCGUCGCUACUUCUGUGUCGGGCCGUCUCCUUUUCGCCGGUUAUGAUGACUUUGAGUGCAAGGUCUGGGAUAUCACCCGAGGUGAAAAGGUUGGCUCUCUGGUUGGCCACGAGAACCGUGUCAGCUGCUUGGGAGUGAGCAAUGACGGUACAAGCCUGUGCACAGGAUCAUGGGAUUCUUUGCUUAAAAUCUGGGCUUACUAA